AUGGCGGAUACGAUGUCUGCUCAUAUGGACCGACAUCAUAAGCAUGAUUUGGAGUGCUCAGAGGACGAGAAGAAGACAAAGAUGUGUUCCCUGAAGAAGAAGGCAAUCAAUGCCUCGAACAAAUUCAAACACUCUUUCACCAAGAGAACUCGAAGGAACAGUCGCGUCAUGUCUGUCUCAAUCGUCGACGACAUUGAUCUUGAAGAGCUUCAAGCUGUUGACGCUUUCCGUCAAGCUCUCAUCUUAGACGAGCUCCUCCCUUCGAGACACGAUGAUCACCACAUGAUGCUGAGGUUUUUGAGGGCAAGGAAGUUUGAUAUUGAGAAAGCAAAGCAAAUGUGGAAUGAUAUGAUCAAUUGGAGGAAAGAGUUUGGUGCUGACACAAUCAUGGAGGACUUUGAUUUCAAGGAAAUCGAUGAAGUGCUAAAGUACUACCCUCAAGGUUACCAUGGCGUUGACAAAGACGGAAGGCCUGUUUACAUAGAGAGGCUAGGCCAAGUGGAUGCUACAAAGCUGAUGCAAGUCACUACGAUCGAUAGGUAUGUGAAUUACCAUGUGAGAGAGUUUGAAAAGACUUUCAAUAUCAAAUUACCGGCUUGUUCCAUUGCUGCCAAGAAGCACAUUGACCAGAGCACCACCAUCUUGGAUGUGCAAGGCGUGGGGUUGAAGAGCUUCAGUAAGGCUGCAAGGGAUCUUCUUCAGCGUAUCCAGAAGAUUGAUAGUGAUAACUACCCUGAGACAUUGAACCGUAUGUUCAUUAUCAACGCUGGUUCUGGAUUCAGGCUUCUGUGGAGCACUGUGAAAUCUUUCCUUGACCCAAAGACCACUGCAAAGAUUCAUGUUCUUGGCAACAAAUACCAGAGCAAACUGCUUGAGAUUAUUGACUCCAAUGAACUUCCUGAGUUUUUGGGCGGGAACUGCACUUGUGCAGACAAAGGUGGUUGUAUGCGUUCCGACAAAGGUCCAUGGAACGACCCUGACAUCUUCAAGAUGGUUCAGAACGGGGAAGGAAAGUGUCCAAGGAAGACAUUGGCAAACAUUGAAGAGAAGACAAUCUCAGAGUAUGAGAACCCAACCACAUCUGAAUCCGUUGCGAAGAACAAACUCGAUGCAGAGAAUGUUAAGUUCACACCAAUGGUUGACAAGACUGUGGAUGCUUCUACUUGGCCUACAAAACUCCACAAGACAAACUUUACCGAGCCUGAAGAUCUAUACUCUGCCGUGAAGCCAUCGGAGAGGAGAGGAGGAGAAGGCUAUCUAUUCGGUGGCGUUAUGUCUCUGGUUAUGGGGUUAGUGACAGUGGUGAGGCUGACGAAGAACAUGCCGAGGAAGCUCACUGAGGCGGCGAUAUACGGCGGCGAAGCUGAGAAAGGAGAGAAGGCGAUGGUGUCUAGCCAAGACUACAUGUCAAUGGUGAAGAGAAUGGCAGAGCUGGAAGAGAAAUGUAGGUUUUUGGACAAUCAGCCGGCUGCGUUCUCGCCUGAGAAGGAAGAGAUUCUCACCGCCGCUCUUAGCCGUGUCGACGAGCUUGAGAUUCAGCUGUCUAACACCAAGAAGACGCUGGACGAAGCCAUGAUUAGGCAGCAGGAGAUAAUGGCUUAUAUUGAGAAGAAGAAAAAGAAGAAGAAGUUCUUUGGAUUCUGA